GGAGGCAGUGGAAGGGACAACUGCAUGGGAUACGUGUCCGUUUCUCGUAGUCACAGUUUAGUUUCAAAAUGGCUGAGUUUGGUCGUUCCUGUUUCCUUAUGUCAGUUCAUGAGUGAGAAAUUCAAUUAAAAGUAAACGUAUUUGCAAACAAAUUCGCGAUAGGAUGAAGUUAAGGACAGAGGUUUUCGUACUCUCCGCGAUUCUUUGUCUGGUUCUGUUUCAAGGCGUAACCGGACUUCUGCGAAGAUGUGUGAAUUGUAGAUCAAGAGGAGAUCUAGGAUCUUGUAAGGAUCCUUUCACUAUGAACUCGACGGCGAUUGAAAUGGAAAAAGGUGUCGACACUGUCCCUUGCGCAUCUGGUUGGUGCGGCAAAAUAAUUGAACGACACGGUUUAAAUAACGAAUAUGGUACCGCCACGCAAAGGCUUUGUUUCCAACGUGGACCUGACGACGGUGAGGAACGAUGUGCGUUUACCGUGUGGAACUACAAAAAGGUGUAUAUGUGCCUUUGUUUCGGGGAUCUAUGCAAUGGAACGACGAAAUCAAGCAUCUCCAAUGGUUUGAUUCUGACAACGCUUUCCGUUUUACUACGAUGGUUCAUUUGA